AUGACACCUACCCAGUCCGCAAAAUUCUGCCAAGAUAAACAGUCUGGGAAAUGCAAGAUGCAAUACGGCCCAGCGAGCAGGCUGUUCGCGCCAUGGGCAUAUCCAAAACACCCAGUAUUUCCUAAAGAUACCAAAGUCGAUGAUGUCUUUACAAAUGUUGCCAUAAUUCGAGAAAGAUCAACCUGGGCUGCCACGACGGAUACGAAUCAUGUACCGCCAUUUGGUCAGGGAGCAAUAGUUCAAGUAGCUUGGGACAAACCGACGCAAAUAAACGCGGCUCUAAUGCCCGGAAACUUAAAAGAGUCUCGAAUGGACGUUGACGGUAGAGAGAAGGACCAUAUGCCAAUAUUGAUCCGGGCGUGGGCGUACAUCCUCUCAAAACGGCGGACAGUGUUGAUUCACGAGGCACAACUAUCUCAGUCUUGGUCAUGUAACGUUAACCAGGACUCCGGAACACACUUUAGUACUGGUAAUUCUACUAUAGAGGUUGAUAUUGGCGAAGUUGAAGCGGAUGCUGCUCAAAGGUGGAGUGUGCUGUUCUAUCAAAUGAUGGUAGCUGGGACCCGACUAUUCAAGGCUCGAAUGGCACGCUCCUGUAUUUUCUGUGGUCUAUCAGACUAG